UUCAUUUUUCCCAUUGAUGCUGUUCGCAGGGAUUUGUUUGGAUCGCUUAUUAUUUGGCUCUUAUGCUGUCAUCAUAAAGAAAGAAGUGCUGCUUCAAAAUCCAAAAGUGUUGCAUUCAAUGCUUUGUUUUGUCAGUUACAUUAGUUAUUUGUUAAGGCUUUCCCAAUGCCUCACACAAAUUCAAACCCUAAUAGUGGAAGUCAUACACCAGCUAAGAGAAGCCUUCCUACUUGGAUGAGUUCUAAAGAAAACAGUAACAAAUCCCAAAAGAAGCAGAAUGACGCAUGUGAAAUAUUGUCGAAAACUGAUAUGGAGGAAUGCACUGCUACUUCAUAUGAUGCUAAUCAAAAUAACUUCGAGUUUUCAAGACUCUUGGAAGGGGUGGUUUUUGUUUUAUCUGGAUUUGUUAACCCAGAGAGAAGCACAUUAAGGGCACAAGCAGUAGAAAUGGGAGCCGAGUAUCAACCUGAUUGGGCCUCAGGUUGUACCCUUCUCGUAUGUGCAUUUCCUAACACUCCUAAAUUUAGACAAGUGGAGACCGAUAAUGGCACUAUUGUCUCAAAGGAGUGGAUUUCAGAGUGUUAUAACCACAAAAAGCUUGUUGACAUUGAGCGCUACCUCAUGCAUGUUGGAAAACCAUGGAGAAGAUGUGCCGAUCAAAGUCAGCUUAAUAAAGUUCAGCGAAGUGCCUUAUCUGAAGAGCCUAUAAGAGGCGGAAAUAGAUCAUUGGCGAUGACUGGUUCUGCUUCUUCUGAGUGUGGAUUACACGGUUCUAGUAACAAUCGUCUCCUACCUUCCAAAAUAAAAGAAUGGGCUGCUGAUGAUUUGAGCAAGACAAUGUCAUGGUUAGAAAGUCAAGAUGAAAAGCCAGAGGCCAUUGAGAUUAGGCGUGUUGCUGCAGAAGGAAUAAUCACUUGCUUGCAGGAUGCUAUAGACUCUCUCAAACAAAACAAUGAUAUCAAAACUGUGACAGAGCAGUGGAUGUUUGUCCCUCACAUCGUACAUAUUGUAGAACUCGAGGGUGGAAACCGUAAUGGAUCACUGCCAAAGAAAGAACUCUCUGUACUGGCUGAUUCAUGCAAAAAGAUUUAUGAGAGCGAGCUAAAACAAUUAAACAAUUCUGUACAAGGUAAAAAGUAUAAAAAUGAAGGUAAUCAGGAAUACAGUGUUGAGCUAAAUGAUGAAGGGUUUGAUAGCGAUAAGACAAUAGAAAUGACAGAAGAAGAAAUAGAUUUUGCCUUCAACCAAAUUGAUUGCUAGUAUUCUGUAGUAAGCUGCAUGAAUUACGACUUGUUUAACUGCUUAACCAUCAACUAAAAUUAUAAACUUGCGUAUGUUUUUUUUUUUUAUUUAAAAUGCCUUGAUGUCUUUGUUUGUUUAGCAAGCUGACAAGUUCAACACUGUUCAACUGAAAAUCUGAUGUAAUUAAUUACCUCCUGUUAAUCCUUGUUGAUUACGUUGUCAAAAUCACGAAUUUCUGUCAGAGGAUUGCUUA